UCCUCAGGAUACUACUUCUCCAUCUCCACCACAGAGCCCACUCAGGCUGGCUCCUGCACCACCACAGGGCUCACUAGUCACUGUUGCCAGGGAUGAGAUGUCUGAACGACCAGAGACAGUCCCAGCAGCCCCGACACAGCCAGCACCAGACCAGACCUUACCCCAGGACAUCCCCACAGCAGUUGCUAGGGCUACACCCAGCCCUCCGGAUGCCUCCGAGAAAGCCCAGCUCAACAUGGAUGAAGAAGAGGAUGAGGAGAGGGAGGGCAGCCAGCAGGUGUCCGUGUCAGAAAUGAGUGGCACCCAGCCCACAGAAGAGUCCAGGCCUGGUUCAGCCGGCCCUGCGGGCUCGGGGUGGCGUGCAGGCGGUGCCCUGAUAUCGGAGCUGGACUCUGAGGAGGUGAGCUGUAGCCAGCAGGGGGUGUCGGAGCUGAGCGCUCCGGGCGUCCUGGAGGGCACGGAGAGCAUGGAUGACCUAGGAGACGCCAGUCUGAAGGGUGCCAUCGACAUGGAGGGCAUGUCUGCCUCGGCCGGCUCGCCUGACUUUGAGAAGGUGUCCGACAUACCGACCAAUGAUUUUGAUGACUACGAUGAAGACGGAGACCGGGUGUGCGACAUGGAGGUGGGUUCGGAACGGGCGGAUGACCCAAGAAGAGUGAGGCAUGACGAGGAUGAGGAUGAUGAUGUGGAGAUGGCUAGUGAGGGGGUGACUGAGAGCGGGCUGGAGAGCUACGGGAAUGCAGAUGAGGAUGACUUUGCAGAGGAUGAGAGACUGGACAACCUGAACCGAGCCCCGCCUGCCCCACUCCUGCCCUCUGCCCUGGCCGCCCAGUGGGACCAACCCAACCCCAGCUCCUUUUGUGACCCCUGGGCCCAGCCGCACCCCCAGGCUGCCUCAGCCGCCCCCCUGCAGACCCCUACCAGCCCCUCUUCAGACCCCUGGCAGGCUGAUAAGAAGACACCCACCCUGUACUCCACUCAGCCCUGGCUGCAGCUGACUGCCACACCAUUUGUUCCAGCCCUGCAUGAUCCCUCACACCAGCCUGCCCCUGCAUCUCCACUUGAAAGAGAGACCCUAGCCCCGUUGCAGUCCCUGUCCCUCAUAGCUGCCUCUGGACGCGGCAUGUCACACUCCAGCACCCUAAGCCCUACGGAGCUGGCUGUCCACAGCAGCAGCGAGACCAGCACCGCAGAGGAGCUCUGUGACUACAACAGCAGCUCCGGGGUGGAGUCCCGCUCUGAGGGGGGGAAACUCCACACCCUGCCUGCCGCCGUGCUCUCCCUUCAUCCUGAAUUGGAGAACCAGGACCUGGGAAUCCACCUGGAGAGAGAGGACGGCGAGGGGGAAGAGGCAGAGACCCUGCCAGCCGACGAAGUCCCAGGGGACCCCACAGCACCUACGUCCAACCCCUCGUCCUCCACCACAGAGGAUGAGGCCAGCGACACGGAGGGCGAGUCCCAGCUGGGCCAGGACAUCCACAGCGACAGCAAGCCCGGCGCCCAGCGCUGCCUGUCUGCCCUGGAGGAAGGGGAGGAGACCAGCGGCGGUGCAGAAGAGGGUGGAGACACCCCCCAGUCUGCCAACUCGGCGGCAUCCUACGCCUACGACAUGACUGCGUCCAACUCCAAUACCCACUCCACGGCUGAGAGCUGCGCCAAGAGCCCCGGCAUCUUCUCUCUGGAGGAGCUGCCUGAGGAGGCCAAGGACCCGUCACUCAUCCAGGAACUGACCCUGCCACCGUCCCAGCAACAGGCUGCCUCGGCAGACUCCCUCCUCGUCUCCAACCCAGAGGAGCAGCAGUAUAUGUUGUGUGGGACACUUGAGGCAGAGCUGGGGGACACGGGGGAUCUGAAACUCCUGGACCCCACGCUGUUUGCGGCCCCCCAGCAGCUCGGGGAGGGCCCCCGUGUCACCCAACCGCCCUACUACUCCACUAUCUGUGAAAACACUGAGAACUCUCUCACAGGGAUCAACGCGCUCCCCCAGCCACACUACCGCCGCGACCACCACCCCAACCCCCACUGUGACCUCUUGACCCCACCCAGGCUGACCUGUGCUGACCUACCCCCCCGGAGCCCUCGCCUGCAGGCCAGCCCCCAGCUCCGCCGACUGGAACGGCACAAGCAACAACUACUAGAGCUGCAGCAACGCAGAGAACAGCAGAGCAAACCCAAAGAAGAAAACGACGAAGAGGCGAGGAAGAAGAGCGAGCAGGAGAAGGAAAUGAAGAAAAAGGAGGCAGAGGAGGAGACGCUGAGGAGGGAGGAGGUGGAGCAGACACAGCAGAUCAUGCAGUGGCAGCAGGAGCUGGAGGAGCAGACACAGCAGAUGUCACCGCAACAACAGCCUCAAAAAGGUCAGGCAACAGUGCUGCUUUCACCUUCCUCUGGUCUCCAUACCAUUUAUGAAGCCCUGGAGAGUGAUGAAGAGGGGAAGGACAUUGAGGUUAAUGUCCAGCUCGAACAACGCGAAGAAGCCCCGCUGGAGAAAGAGGUUGACAGUAACCGUGACCGCCAAGAGGUAUUGGACGAAGCCGGUAGCAACUCCACUUCCAGUCCCUCUCCAGACUCCCCCGAGCAGGAAGAGUCCCGGGAUGCCUCCCCACCACCCGUCUCCCAAGAAUGCCCCCCUUCCCUGGACCUGGACUGGGGGAAGAAAGUUGACAUUGUCCAGCAGCUGAUCAACCAGACCCUGCUGCUGACGGGCGAUGGCUGCUCCUCCCUGCUCUUGCUUCCCGGGGGCAGAGGAGGCACCUUGAGCCCCCUGGAGGCCAGCCUGUGGCCCAACCUGCUACCCCCCCUCACCCCUCCCUCAGCCACGGUCACGGCGGUCAGCAGCUUCUCCCCGGAGGCCCCAGGCCAGUCCCCCCAGGGCGAGUGGACAGUGGUGGAGCUGGAGACACACCACUGAGGGUGUGUGUGUGUGUGUGUGUGUGUGUGUGUGUGUGUGUGUGUACACACACAGUGAAGACUCACCACUAAUGGUCGCACACAAUGUUAUUCAAGGUCUGUCAGUCACAUCACUGCUGUACACACCACUACUGUAACACCACCUCUAUUACCUCUCCUUGCCAUUCAACACCACUGCAAAUAUAACACUACUGUUUGUUACACUGAACUUAUACCACUGUAUCUUCAAACAUGAUACCUUUUGAAUGGGUGGCAAAGGCCACUGACACCCCAGUAAUAUCAAUCACAGACUGACUCACACUGGAAUUUUACACCUCUCAUGCCAAAACAAUCAUGUUAGGUUACACACCAACAGUCCCAGAAGGCUACUACCUUGAUUAGGCUGGUUGACUGAAGCUUCUGGACCAGCUAUUUGGGUAGAAUAGUGACCGCUUGUUAGCCAUGGUCCAUUUUACUGAAGCCAAAACGACUGGAUUCAUCACACACAUGCAAUAUGUUCAGGUUGGGGUCCUAGGUGGUUUAGUUUCCACUGAAGAUGUUGAUUAGUAUAGAUGUUUAACUGACUAUUGGUCUGAAUUACUGAUGACAAACUGCACUUGACUAGACCAGCAUCCUAUAAUGAUUACCCUGAACCUGUCACUCACUCAAUGCCUGCUUUGCUUUGUGCUUCAAAACCGUUUUGAUUUACUCUAGAGCAACAAAUCAUAGAAAUAGAAUCCCUAGAACGGUCAUGGGAUCCUCAUUCAAAUUGCUGAGGGCCUUUAUCCUGUCUAGGGGUUCUAUUUAUAUGGGCCAAGUAACUGUUUCUCUGACAUCAAACCAGAGGCCUUCCACCAGCUCAGGUAAAACACUGGUUGGCCGUAUGUGUUAGAAUAAGGUUAUUUAUCGACUGAUGAAUGCCACCAUUUUUCAGGGUGGUAAUUUCACUAUUUGGGAUCCAGCUUAGUGAAAUACACCUGGGUGCUAAUAAAAUGGACUGUUUCUGUUGCAUGCUACUGCUGACUCUGAUGGUCACUGGAAAUAUCGGUUUAUUUUUGUUUGUUUUCAGAAGCACCGUCUCAUGUCUUUGUUCUGAAGACUUGGCCCUGUAUCCUGGGCGGUUUUCCUCACGUUUGGUCUCAUUUCUGUGGUUACAGAUGAUGUCAUAAUGGGGGUGGGAGUGGUCAUGACAUUGAUAUGAGGUAAUGGAGGAAUGAAUAGGUGAUUGAAGAGGGUCAGAGUGUAAGAGAACACUAUUGAGUAGAUUACUCUGGGGAUAUAACCGGUUCUUCUGUGAGGCUGCUGGGUCCUAGCCUGGUCCCAGAUCUGUUUGUGCCGACCAUCUGCCCAACUCCUAUGGUCGUUUGGUGUGACGAAGACCAUAGGACUUGCCAAGAUGACACAAACAGAUUUGGGACCAGUCAUGGGUUUUUUGGGGGGUUAGUCAUGAACUAUAUUUGACUGAUGGUGGUACAGAGUUAACGUUGUGGACAUGUAUGUUAUGUGUGUCUGGAUGGAAAGGUACUGCAUAUGAAGAAAAAAAUGUAAUUACCUCAGUGGAUUGUGAAUAUAGUACAUGAGUGUCCAUUAAGCCUAUAAUAUGGAUUAUAGAGCCUUUGAAAAUAGUUGUUCAUUGCUCCAUGUCAGAUCAGGUUUCAAACUGAAGGUACGUGAGUCAAACACAGUCUUUACUACUACAAAUGUGAACUUGCAUUGCGCCUCGCUGAAGUUGACUUUUCCAACAGGAGUGUCGUCUAUUCAGCAGAAACAAAUCCAACAGGAUUUGUGGCUGAACUUCGAGCCCUAAGGACAGUCCACUGUGUUUGGGGACAAUGACCAUGGAUGGACAGAAACAGGUGGUUGUCCCAACAGGGUUUGUGGCUGAACUUCGAGCCCUAAGGACAGUCCACUGUGUUUGGGGACAAUGACCAUGGAUGGACAGAAACAGGUGGUUGUCCCAACAGGGUUUGUGGCUGAACUUCGAGCCCUAAGGACAGUCCACUGUGUUUGGGGACAAUGACCAUGGAUGGACAGAAACAGGUGGUUGUCCCAACAGGGUUUGUGGCUGAACUUCGAGCCCUAAGGACAGUCCACUGUGUUUGGGGACAAUGACCAUGGAUGGACAGAAACAGGUGGUUGUCCCAACAGGGUUUGAGAUGAUCUGUGAACGCUGAGACACACUCCUUCAUGUACCAUAGGGGAUGGACUCGACAGUUGAUACAACCACACUCUGCUGUGAGGCCAGGGCUAGUAGAUACUAUAUGUAUCUGGAAAUCAAACUCUUUUCCACCAUAGGCACAGCAAGCAAGGGCCCUUUUUUUAUAUAAAUGGUAGCUAGGUUCUCCAGUGUCUUUUUAAAGCUGUUUCUAUGUGUAGCCAAGUGGCUUCCAUUUUCUAAGGCAGUUUGGUACAUUCCAAUUUGAGGGCUCUGCCACUUCUACUCCUCAAUCCCAAAGGGACGUGCAGAAUGCAUCGGUCAAAGCUGGACUUUAUCUUGUGUAUUUUAAAUGUCUCCUCGCUGUAGUGUUUUGUAUACCGUUAGUGUAUAUUACUGAAAGGGGAGACUCAGACCAUUUAUUGCAAUGAAGGGAACCCACUGGAUUUUUAUUUUGUACUGUAGAGAAUAUAAGGUAUGGUAAAUGAAAAAUAGGUGACAUUAUUUAUAGAUUUAAAGCAGAUAUUGUUUUAGAGAAUGAAGGUUAAUGGUUGUAGAUGUAAUGGUUUAUUUAAAUUCCCCCAAGAUGUGACAGUUGAACUUCUGUGGGCACUAUACUUGUAGACGUUUUGUCUGUUUUGCCUGCAUUUCUUAAAGAUCUUUUCAAUAGUUAUCAGGGGAUAUGAAGUGAAUUAGACUGUGUUCAGUGCCAGCGCUUCCAUGAACACACUUGGUACAUUUUGUAUUUUACGUAACUGAUCAAACAUUCACAUCGAGCUGGUGUAGAAAUUACACUGUAGCAAAUGACAAUAUCAUGCAAAGUUACAGAACUCGCACCCAAUGGAGCAUGUCUGGGAAUCACUAGUA